UGCAUUACUGCUCCUGUAAAGCAGGAAGACUCAGACAGCCGCUCAUUGGAGGGUGUAGUUAAUCAUUAACAGGCAGCUUUAUUUCCUGCAGUGAUGCUGCCAGGCAGCACUUCACUUCCUUCCAGGAGACAGUGACUAACUGUCAGCUGCUAUGUCUGGCUCAACCACGCACCCCUACCACAGCUCUCAAUCCAGGCGUCUUUAUCACUUCGCCAUGUUGUGUCACGUUGCAGUCUGGACCGUCUCUCCUCUGAAGGUCCGGCAGGUAACGGCCACCUCCGGUCAUCCAGAUCUCUGCUGAGCACACCAGAGCAGCCAGCGUUACAGUUAAUGAGCCACCAUAAGGAAUCUACGCAGUCAUGUCCAUCCAUUACCAGAGACUCACAUUGUCCAGUGUGUUUGCAGACGGCCAGUUUCCCAGUCCAGACAAACUGCGGCCAUUUGUUCUGCGCUCCCUGUCUGAUCGCUUAUUGGAGACAUGGGUCCUGGUUGGAUGCAAUAAGCUGCCCUCUCUGCAGACAGAAGGUCAGCGUGCUUUGUAAUCUAUUUAACGAGAGUCGAUCAGACAGUCAGUCAAAGGAAGUUCUUGGGGAAAUCACAGACUACAACAAACGCUAUUCUGGAGCCCCAAGAAGGGUCACAGACUACCUGUGUGACGCGCCUCUUCUCCUGCAACUGCUGACCAGAAGCCUGGGCACCAUGCGAGGACUGGUGUGGUUGUUUUUCUUCAGGGUGGCCCUGUGCUGUGUGGGGACCGUGGUGUCCAUCUCCUCCUCCUCAUCAUCAGCCAAUCCCCUGGGAACAGACCCCUCCCUGUGUGGACUGCUGGGGGCCCUCGAUGACCUGGUGGUGGUCAUCCUGCUGCUGAUCUGCGUUAUCAACAUCAACCAGCACAUGGCGCCAGAGAGAGGAGGACAGUCUGCUACAAGCUCACAAGGAGUGGGGAGUCCACUGUAGACAGACGCUGCUGGAGGUUCAGUGGGAGCCGUUUGACUUUCAUUGGAUUUCUUCCUUCUUUAUCUAUCUGACAUAUUGACAACAGCACGGCGCGCAGCAGUCGUGGACUCAGCUGAUUGUAAAGUGUUUACAGAGCCUAUUCAAGAGCAACAUCUGUAAUGAUCGAGGCCUUGACCCGGGCUGAGAUAAUUAAUCAAUAUUAAAUAGGCAAAAUAUUCUGUUUAAAAUCGCAGUUUUAUCUUUUAUUUUAUUUAGCUUUAGUCAUUGUCAUUCAUCUAAAUGUGCAGCAAUGUUGGCUCUUUGUUUAGGAAUCAGGCUAAAGAUUCACUGUAAUGCCGUAAAUAUUACGAUAU